AUGGAUCCCCUCAAGCAAUAUCUUCAUAUCCUGAAAGAAGACAUCGCAUGGCACAAAUUCGUCGACGAUGGCCAGAAAUGGCCGCCCAACGUGCGUGAACUAUGUGGCGGACUACUCACAGAUUCUCGACGUGUUCCAGCUUGGGUAACGACGGGCCCCUAUCCUGCCGUUGAUCCUCGAACGGAACCCCUGCUGGAGGAAUUGCAAAACACGUUCAAAUUACAUGCUGGCUCCCUCGAGGACGCGGUCUUCGAUCAGCAAUUACGGGGCAUGUUCGGGACCCUUCUCAGUGAUUGCGCCAGGUUGCGGAAUGUCAUGUCAUCCGAUAGUCUCUGUGGCAGCGCCAAUCCGAAGGAAUCAUUCCUGAUUGUCAUGAUAUCCAACGUGAUGUCCUCCGUGACAGCAGAUUUUUCCAUAGAUGAAAACGUUUUAGUCGCCUUACCACGCUAUCGUGGCGGCGGGCUGAACGUACCUACGAGAUUCAUGUCGAAUUCCAUCCAGGUACCGCUUUUGAUGUCUGUUUUCGCGGAGAUUCCCGACGAUAACUCCAAUGCGGACGGAUCUGAUGCAAUGGCGAACGAUCCUGAUACUGACGAGGCCGACUCUGACGCAGGGUCGCACAACCCGGACAUGGAGUUAGGUGAGGAUGAACCCCGUGAACCGUCCGAACCUCCUCGGCCGGUUUCGGUCGCUUCACCUAUGUCUAUGUCGACAUUUCUCUCCCGUUGCGCGAAGCCCGUUCUCAUUGAGGAAAGCGAUAGUGACUCGGAGUCGCUGUAUGACCCCCCAUCACCAGCGGAGUUGAAUGCACACGUCCUCGUGUAUCCGCCUUCCAGAGCGCUGCCCAAACGGGUCCCUCUACCGUUCAUGUGCGUUGCGGAGGAAGACGAUCUACCCCUCGUGAUGAUGGCGAUUCUCUACCAGCGACAUGUGUGGAAGAUUCACGAGCCUGUCGUUGGUGUCGGGUUUUCCAAGUAUGAUACCUCCAUCUCUUUCUACAUCGGAUGGUUGGACGAGGAUGCCGACAAAGAAGACUCAUUGCCUCGUGUACAUCUUGGUUCCUUAGGGCGAGACGGGUCCCUGGAUCUGGCCUCGCUUGAUGGAGCGUUUGCACUGUGUCAUGCUGCGUUGGCCUUGCAAGGACUAGUGGCGAAAACAUGUGGCGUUUCAGAAGCUACGGUCACGGUGGUCGCGGAGGAAAUACGGGACGGUUCCGUCUCUAUGUGGCGUCUGGAUACACAAGAAGACGUUAAUUCCGCUGACUCGUCUGAGGGCCAGCGUGACUGGAUUGAAGCGUGGGCAGAAGGCCUUGCCUACAAAUACCCUGCAACCACGAUGACCGACUCUAAGAAGACUGCGACGGCGGAUCCUAAGAAGACUGCACAAGAGGCAAGAAAGAAGGGGUCAACGGACUCGUUGUCUGUUCCUUCAAUGGGCUCCUCCAGAUCUACAGAUUCUACGCCUUCGAGCCUGCCGAUGAUUGCAAUUCCAGAAGAGGAGGAAUUCAUACAGGAAGGCAAGAGUCAGGGCUCAAAGAAAUCUGCCUACAAGCCGAUGUCAUGUUCUUCAUUCGCCGCUGCAGCUGCGAAAGUGGGAAACAGCCUUCUUUUGCAUGGCUAUCUAUUCGAUAGACACGUUAUACUCUCUGCACUGUGUAACAACUCCGUCAUCUUUUCGUUGUAUGAGAUUCAUGCAGGAGACGCGUGGCCGUCGCAUUGGAAAACACUUAGUGAUAUACCAUUGGUCGAUCGCUCCCUUGAACCAUUUCGACAAGAGUUAUUUGCACAAGCGCAGAAACAUCAUGAACUCAGUGCCGUAGUGCCGCGGGACGUACCCGCAGAGGUCCUUCCACUGCUGGAGGGAAGUCUCUCUCUAAUUCUUGCCGUGGCGAAGCGGGCGCAAAGGAAGGCCCGUUCAGUGAUUCCCCCGUCGGAGUCCGUUUGGCGUCAUGAUUUCGAUUCUCUUAUCUUUGACUUCUUCACCAAUGCGUUAAAUGGAACAAUCAGCAUGUAUUCUCGAAACAGUCGCUCGAGUGAUGCGCCAAAGCUUCAACUUCCUGAUGGCGACAGGGUCAUUCCAUCAACGGAACGCAUGAUAUAUUUACCCAAGGCCGUUGGUAUGGACCAACGGUCUGCGCGAAACUUAUAUUCCUACAUUCAACGUAGUGGGCCCGACUCCGAUGAAACCGACAAUGAGAUGCUGAAGCAGCGGAUCGGACCCAAUGAGGAUCUCCUUGGAGAAGCUGGCGACCUGGAGCGGAAGGCAUAUGCCCAGAAUAUACAUCAUGCAACUGAUUGGUUGGAACGUCGCAAGAUGAAUGGAUACGCAUUGGAGCGUCUCAAAGAAGAUCCAUAUCGAGCCAUUUGCGACGCUCUCGGGACGGUCUCGAUUGAUCUUCCAGUGAGACGGGAGUCUCUCGCGGCAGUGCAGUUGGUGGCCACAGGAUCGCCAAAAGCCCCAUACAUAGUGCGCAUGCACGAAUCCAAGGAAUCCCUUGAUAUGCCUGAUGGUACUUCAUCUGGAGUAGCUCCGACGAUUCCCUUGCAGCAACGACUAUAUUCGUCCGCUCCGGCCCUAGAAACAGUGCCGGAGGUAGAUGACCCAGACCAGGCUUUACCUUCGAAUCCGGGCAUCCCACACUCCACCGGGAAACUUCCUCCUCCUGCAAACCCUCCGAAUACUGACUCGCUACCGACUCGCGAUUAUGCCAUUGCCGCGAGCUCCGUCUGUGAUACCGACCGCCUGUAUGAAAAUGCAGAGGCACGUGCAUAUCUCGACGAGAAUUUUGACGUCAUGUCCAAGCGACUCGAGGUGCUGACGGCGGGACAGAGGAAAAAUGCGAAAGUCAAGAAUCCUGUCUCAGUUCUGGAACUACCCGCGUUUAUGAUGGAAUACAAGAAGCAGGAUACCGACAUCGGCAAGGGAGAAAAUCAGCACAGGCUGGCUUGCGCGUCGGCGGUGACAUUUCUUGAUGUGCUGGGGCUGACCAAAAAGCCUGUGUUCAGUGGACUUACUAAUGGCCCGAGGGUUGCACUUGCGGCUGCUUGGAGUAACAGUGGAUUCAUAGAAAUUUUCGAGCGGCAGACUCGUACCAUGGACAUCUCUACGGCAUUAGGAGCCUUCCAGUUUGCCAGCGUCCUAGCCAGACUUGCUAUUGUUUAUUCAAAGGAUCUGGUGGAUGCUUUUAAUGAGGUGUCCAAAUCUCUUCUCAUCAAACGACUCAACGAUCGCGACUUCGAGAAGCCUGAUAGCAAGCUGCAGUGGAAACAACCUGUACCUCCCAAAUCCGAGAGGGAGGAAUCCGGAGAUGCUACAACACAGCCAAUUCAGACAUCCGAAUGGUCCAGUUCAGUAACUGAAGGCCAGUAG